AUGGCAACACAAACAAACCAAUCAAAAACCAACCCUACCCAUCACACUCCACCACGUCUCUGGAUCACAGGCCUAGCAUCACAAUUCCCUCCCUAUACUCUCACCCCUUCAGAUUUCGAAAACAUCGCCAGGAAAUUCUACGACGUUUCAUCUCCAGGAAUCUCAAAACUCCUCCGCAUAAACCUCUCAACCGAAAUCCAAACCCGCUCCUCAAUAAACCCCUACUCUUCUCCAGGAAGUUUCGGCACCCACCCGACCCCCCCAACAAUAACCCACCAAGACGAAUUCUUCCGCACCCACGGCGUAUCCCUAACCCUCCAAGCCGCCCAAGCCGCCCUCCUCGAAUCAACCCUCCAAUCCCACGAAAUAACCCACACAAUAGCAGUAACCUGCACAAACCAAGGAAAUCCCGGCUACGACGUUCUCGUAAAUCGCGCCCUAGGCUUGAGAGAAUCUGUGGAUAGGAUGUUAUUACAUGGAGUUGGUUGUGCGGGCGGGUUAGCGAUUUUGAGGGCUGCGGCGCAAGUUGCUGCUGGGGCGGAGGCGAGGGGUAGGCCGGCGAGAGUUUUGGGGUUUGCUUGUGAGCUUUGUACGCUUGGGGUUAGGAGUGAACUUGCUGCUGCUGCUGCUGUGGAGAAAAUUGGGGGGGAGGAGGAGGUUGGGGUUGCUGGGGUUUUGUUUUCGGAUGGGGCGGCUGCUUUUGUGCUUUGCAAUGGGAUUGGAAUGGGAGAGGGGAUUACGCCGCUGUUUGAAUUGGUGGAGUGGGGGAAUUCUAUUAUACCCGAUACGGUUGAUCGGAUGAGUUUUUAUGCGGAUCCUUAUGGAAAUCGAACUGUUCUGGCACGAGAUGUCCCGAAUUUGGUCAAACAGGCCGUCGAACCCAUGUUUGAUAGUAUAGUACCAGACUACUCGGCCCACUUCAGCAACGGUCUGAUGAGGAAGAGUGAUUUCGAUUGGGCAUUACAUCCCGGUGGGAAAGCCAUCAUCGAAGGCGUCAAGAAAAUGUUGGACUUGAGCGAGCAUCAACUCCGAGCCACACGAGAAAUUUACCGGACUAAAGGUAAUAGUUCUUCCCCGGCGGUGUUGAUGGUGCUUGAUCAAUUGAGAUUGAUGGGGAGGGGAAGUGAUCAUGUCGUUGCAACUUCGUUUGGUCCUGGUUUGGCGAUUGAGAUGGCUCUACUCAGGCGAUGUCGUGAGUCGGAAACACCGGGAUCUGAGCUGGAUGCGGCAUUUUGA